UAAAUACCCCACCAUGAUUUCUCUCUCUUAUUGGCUUUCUUUCCUCAAAUGGCCAUUGCAAAAAAUCCAAUCUUUUUUAGUACACCAACUGCUUCACAAAACUCAUGCUCUUUAACAACUUAUCAUUCUCGUGUAACCCCUCUUUUCUUUUAACAUAAAGAAUUACACUAAUAUUGCAAAUACCACCACUAGUAUGACUGAAGCAAUGACCAAAAAAUGGCCAGAAAACCUCAUACAAAAUGCGUUUUUAGAAAUGAAACUGCAAAGUGAAAUAGUGCUCCCUCUGAUGGUUAUGAACUUCACCUGGUUUGCAAAGACAGCCAUCACAACAGUGUUCCUGGGCAGGCUUGGAGAACUUUCUUUAGCAGGAGCCACGCUUGGUUUUACGUUCGCGAAUGUGACUGGAUUCUCAGUCUUGAAUGGGCUGAGUGGUGCUAUGGAGCCUAUUUGUGGACAAGCCUUUGGAGCCAAGAAUCAUAAGUUACUUCACAAGACCCUUGUCAUGUCUGUUUUUUUGUUACUAUUUGUCUCAAUUCCUAUUUCUUUCUUGUGGCUUAAAGUUGACAAGAUUCUCAUUAAAUUUGGCCAGCAAGAAGACAUUGCUAUGGUUGCUAAGAAGUAUCUUAUUUAUCUCCUUCCUGAUUUGGUGAUCACAUCUUUCUUGUGUCCAUUGAAGGCUUACUUGAGCACACAAAAUGUGACAAUCCCAAUUAUGAUAGCCUCUGCUUUGGGGGUUACUCUACAUAUACCGAUAAACGUGUUACUUUCGAUGACUAAGGGGCUCGAAGGAGUAUCCAUGGCAUAUUGGGUAACAGACUUGUUGUUCACGACUCUUUUGGCUAUUUAUGUUGUGAUAGGAGAGAAUAGAACGAGAGGAAAGUGGAACGAAGGAGGCUGGUGGGAACAGGGGAUUCUUGAUUGGAUCAGGUUUCUCAAACUCUGUGGACCAUGUUGCGUUACUACUUGCCUCGAGUGGUGGUGCUACGAGAUCUUGGUUUUGCUCACAGGGCGUCUUCCGAAUGCUAAACAAGCAGUUGGGGUUAUAGCCAUUGUGUUAAACUUUGAUUAUUUGAUUUACUCUAUUAUGCUCUCUCUCGCAACAUGUGCAUCCAUUCGCGUAUCCAAUGAACUUGGGGAAGAUAGUCCUCACGCUGCUUAUAGGACAACGUGUGUGUCGUUAGGCUUGAGUAUCAUUGCAGGCCUUUUCGGUGGCUCUGUUAUGGUAGCAACAAGAGGAAUUUGGGGGCCUUUGUUUAGCCAUGACAAAGUGAUAAUAAGAGGAGUGAAGAAGAUCAUGCUACUAAUGGCCUUAAUUGAAGUUGUUAACUUUCCUUUAGCAGUUUGUGGAGGAAUUGUUCGUGGAACGGCUCGGCCUUGGUUAGGGAUGUAUGCCAAUAUCAGUGGAUUUUACCUAUUGGCCUUUCCAUUGGGGGUGAUUUUGGCUUUCAAGGUUCAACUUGGCCUUCCAGGAUUGUUGAUAGGAUUUAUGGUUGGAGUAGUUAUUUGUUUGGCCUUCUUGUUGGUGUUAAUUAUUAGGAUUGAUUGGGUUGGAGAAGCUAACAAAGCACAUAUACUUGCCCGUAACUAAGAAGAAGGUGGUGGAGAUGAUGAUGGGAAAACUUAGCAGAGGGUUAAAGAAAAUGUCUCAUGAAUUCCGAGGCGGAUCUAGAGUGUCAAGAGUACGUUCAAUCUAUCUAUCAUGGUCAGUAUAGGAGGUAGACAUAUAAUACAUGAAAAGACUUCUGAAAGAAGAAAUAUAAAUAUUAAGAUACAGUUCCUUCAACCAUUACGAUCGAGCCGGUGUAUAUGUCUUGGAGAUGUAUCAAGCACCAACAAAAUCGGAAGUGCCCCUUCUUAUUGGUCUCGUAUUAGGAAAAGAUUUAUUUGAGACCAGACUUCACUUAUCUGUAAACUUAUGAUCACAAAACUGAAUGUAUAUUCUGAUGAGAGUAGCUUUUCUUCUUCUGCUUCUUUUAA